AUGAACGGGGCUAAGAGCACGUCCAGUGAACAGCCUGAGCUGCUAAGUGCACCAACUCAACAAGCGCUGCAGGAGAUCCUCGCAGAGUCUCAAUCACAGGAUGUAAUCACAAGGCUGUGGGCAUUCGAUCGCUUCACGCGUGUCUUCAAAAAGUUGGUCGGUCCAGACCCUGCGGAGAGCACCAUGCAUGCGGCCGCCAAGCUCUUGGAAAAGGGGUUCCUGAGACCAAUCGCAGAGGGGCUGAAAGAGUGCGUGGACGAUCCAAUGAAGCUUGUGGUGGGGGGAGACAGCCCAGACGAUUCUGACGUUCUUCUCAUUCAGUCUGAGGUGUGCAUCAAAGCACUCGAGUGCCUUGCCUUGGAUUCCCGCGCCGUGAGGUGCAUCCUGCAAGAGUUUCCAAGCCUGCCAGCUGUCCUUAAAAUGCUGUUCCUCGAAGAGCUAACGCCAGCAGAGAGGGCAUUGUGUCCAGUUGACAUCAAAGUUAGGCGCGCAAUCCUCCCGGCGCUUCCCAAGUUCUUCCUCGCCGACUCUAUGUGCAAGCAGAUUGGCAGAAGCGCGGACUUCCUGAACGCAGUCAUGCGCCAUGCGCUGAACCAUUUCGAAGACUCUGUUACGGUUCUUGGUUCGAUUAAUCUCCUUCUGUCGCUGAGAAGUUACUUGAAAGCAGCGGCUCUGGAGGACAACCUCCUUCGCUUUGCGGGCAAGGAUAAAGAGAGAUUGCAAGAGGCGAAGAGAAUGGGAAUCAAGUGGGCAGACAGGAAGAAGGCGACGCAGUGCUCGGGGCCGGGGUGCGACAAGGCGGAAACUAGACCGGGGGAGUUCCAGACGUGCGGGGGUUGCAAGCUUGCGGUCUAUUGCGGACGAGCCGGUCAGGCUUCCGGUUCUGAAAUGGACGGGCAGAAGAUCCCCUCAAAGGAACAGGCUGAGUUGCUCAGCGCACCGACCCAACAAGCGUUGAAGAAGAUCCUUCAAGACUCUCAAUCAAAGGAUGCAAUCACAAGGCUGUGGGCAUUCGACCGCUUCACAAAGGUCUUCAAAAAGUUCAUCCGCCCAGAACCUGCGGAGAGCACCAUGCAUGCUGCCGCCAAGCUCCUGGAGAAAGGGUUUCUGAAACCAAUCGCAGAGGGGCUGAAAGAGUGCGUGGCCGAUCCGUGGAAGCUGAUGGUGGGAGGGGACAGUCCAGACGAUUCUGACGUUCUUCUGAUUCAUUCCGAGGCGUGCAUCAAAGCACUCGAGUGCCUCGCCCUGGAUUCCCGCACCGUGAGGUACAUCCUGCAGGAGUUUCCGAGCCUGCCAGCUGUCCUCAAAGCGCUGUUCCUCGAAAAGAUGACGCCAGCAGAGAAGACCGUGUGUCCAGUUGACAUCAAAGUUAGGCGCGCAAUCCUCCCGGCGCUUCCCAAGUUCUUCCUCGCCGACUCUAUGUGCAAGCAGAUUGGCAGAAGCGCGGACUUCCUGAACGCAGUCAUGCGCCAUGCGCUGAACCAUUUCGAAGACUCUGUUACGGUUCUUGGUUCGAUUAAUCUCCUUCUGUCGCUGAGAAGUUACUUGAAAGCAGCGGCUCUGGAGGACAACCUCCUUCGCUUUGCGGGCAAGGUCCUUGCUGAGUCAAGCGAUACGAUGUUUAUCAAGUUCACAAUCAGCAUGCUUCACGGCGUCGAACAUGACCGCCUGCUUCCUAAAGGGUACCUCCUAAAACCCCUGGCCACGAACUCCGCCCUCAGGUCUGCCGCUCUUGCCCUGGUGCUUUGUCCGGAGCAGUUAGACGAAGACGAGUACUUCUUGAUUGUUUUGCUGGCGAGGGCUCUCGAGUACGGCACGUCGGCUGCGCUUGCGGAAGACAGGUGUUCCCCGCCCGGCCUGGGCAUCAUCGAAGACAUGGAAAGACUGGCAAAUGCAGAUUCUUUUGCACGCAACCGCGCGCACGAGCUGCGGACGCUCCUCGCAAAAGGGUUUCCCGAGGACGGGGACUUUACCGUGCGAUUUCUGCGCCCAAAGGCCUCGGAAGGAGCGCCAGGGAAACACAUUUUGCAAGAGGCGGAGAAAAUGGGAAUCAAGAUGGCAGACAGGAAGAAGGCGACGCGAUGCUCCGGGCCAGGGUGCGACAAGGUGGAAACUAGACCGAGGGAGUUCCAGACGUGCGGGGGUUGCAAGCUUGCGGUCUAUUGCGGACGAGAUUGCCAGCGGAGGGCUUGGAAGGCAGGCCACAAGGAGACUUGCCAGAAGACGGGUUAA